UCCGCUGCAGUCACACGGCAGCAUCCUUCGGCAGUUCGGCGACUUCGGCUUCCAAACUUCCAUUUCCAGCGACCUCGAUUCUAACACGGCCCAGCUUCCGGCAACCUCCAGGCACUCAAGUUAACCUCUCCCUCUCUGUUUAUACAUGACGGCGUUCCAGGCGUCCACGACUCCACGGUUGAGGAGUUGAUUAAGAAUGCUUCAGACGUUAAGGCAUGCGAGCAAUCGGAGGAUAGGUCCCACAAGUCUGGGGAAGUGCUGUGUUAACAUUAAAAUAGUGGAAAACCUCAUUUUGCCCAUGGACUUUGCAGAAAUUUUUGUUGAACUUUCUGGGGGACUGCAUGGUGGGUCAGAACCUCCUGCAUUCCAGUGUGCUGAAAGGGAGAGAAUAGCCAUGGCAUCUGCUAAUAAGGGGGGAGAUGAAUCAAGUGCUUCCUUAAUGCCUUGGAAGGUCAGAAAACAUUGAACAGCUGCUGUCAUGGGAGAUCAGAUUGGAAUAGGUGGUGUUUCGGAUGCAUGUCAGAAAUCUAAGGAUACAAGCUUGAUCAAUGAUGAUGAAUCAGAUGGUCUUUCUGAUAUUGAUGAUGUUGAAGUAUGGAGCUUAUUGCAUUUACCAAUAGAUUUGUGCGUCAUUGUAUAUUUUGUUUGCCUCAUGAGUGGUGUGCACAUGCCGCACAAAUAUUUUCAACUAGGAGCUGGAGUGGAAAAAUAUAUGCCCUUUAUGUACUUUCUGUCGUUGCCAUAUGAGCAUCUUUAUGAGGAAGCUUUGGAUUGAUAAUAGCACGAAUGGGAGCAACCCAAGUAUGAAUUCUGAAUUUUAUGGCAGUAAAAUAUGUAUAUACUUUUAAAUAUAAGAAUGUCCAAGAUAUGGUAUGAAUAUGAAAACUCAUCUGGACAAUAAUACUAUCACUUGUCAGAAAUUCUAAUUUUUGUGAGUCUGGACUGUAAGGGAUUAUUAACUCUCAAAGUUUAAAAAUCUUAUGGCCAAAUUCAUCGGGUCAGUUUGAUGUUGCAUUUUCUUUGUCCCGUACAAUUAUGCAUGGCAUUAUUUAUAAAUAAUGACUUGUGGUAGGAGUUUGUUAAUGUGUGUAUUGCUAGGUGAGUGGCUACCUCAACAAUGAGGAGGAGAUGCGUUUUAAGAAGAUUAUCUGGGAGGAAAUGAACAAUGACUUGUGGUAGGAGUUUGUUAAUGUGUGUAUUGCUAGGUGAGUGGCUACCUCAACAAUGAGGAGGAGAUGCGUUUUAAGAAGAUUAUCUGGGAGGAAAUGAACAGAGAGUAUCUUCAGGAACAAGCAGCAGCAGCUGCUGCUAAGAUGGGAAGUCAGGCCAGCUUUCAGAAUUCUUCUGAUGAAUUGCGAGCUGCACAUGAACUAGCUGCAGCAACUGCAGCAGCUGUGGCAAAGUCAAGAAAGGAGAGGAAACAAAAACAAGAUGUAAAUGCCAAUCCUGCUCAAACGGCUGCAGAAACAGCUUAUCAAAUGCUAAUCAAGAAGAGACUCAGUUCGAAAAUCAACUAUGAUGUAUUGGAGACACUCUUUGCCGAAAAGGUAUGUAUAUUUUCUUGUACUUUUAUCGUACAAAGUCCAAUUGAGGGAUAUAGAUUUGUUUAUUUAAUAUAAUAUAUCCUCAUUGUUUUUUGUUUUUUUUAGAAGUAAUAGUAUAUCCUCAUUGUUGGCUUACUUAUCAAAGAAAAUAUAGCAUAUCCUCAUGCCUUCUAUCAGGAGGAAAAAAAAAGAAGAAGAGUAUAUCAUCAUGCGCACAUAAUUCCUUCUUGAACCUGGCUGUGGCAAUAAAACCAGCUUUUGGAGGGGGUAUGAUAUACAUUACCACUUUUUACUCUUACAAUUCAGGUAUUAUAUACACCAUUUCACAACAAACUGAGUAAUCCAAAAAAAAAAAUAAAUAAAAGUCUGAGUAUCAGUCAUUAGCAGUUACGACCAGAUCAUAAAUUUAUAUUUUGUAGUUGUACUUGUGUGUGUGCACACUGGUGCAUGAAUACAUUUCAUUCACAUUGAAAGUGCCAUACACUUUUGGUUCUCCUAAUUUGCGACUGA